CUCCCAGCUCUCACACACACCCUCUUCCACUUCAUUCAUUCUCUCUCUCUCUCAUAAAGAGAAAGUAGAGAACAAAAAUGGCUACUAGUUUUUCACUGACCCUUCUCUUCCUCAUUGCCCUCACAGCUCCAUCACUCAUCAACUCUUCCCCUGUUCAAGAACCUGAAAGAGUAGUAGAAGAGGUGCAUAGGAGCAUCAAUGCCUCAGUGACCAGAAGGCAAUUGGGUUACUUCUCCUGUGGAACAGGGAACCCAAUCGACGACUGCUGGCGUUGCGACCCCAAUUGGGAGAAGAACCGCCAACGCCUCGCUGAUUGUGCAAUUGGGUUUGGCAAACAAGCCAUCGGUGGCAGAAAUGGCCGCAUCUAUGUAAUCACUGACUCCAGCGACGACGAUGCUGUAAAUCCCAAGCCCGGCACCCUCCGGUACGCCGUGAUCCAGGAUGAGCCCCUGUGGAUCAUAUUCUCAAGAGACAUGGUGAUCCAACUCAAGGAAGAAUUGAUCAUGAAUUCCUUCAAAACCAUUGAUGGUAGAGGUGCUAGUGUCCACAUUGCAGGUGGGGCUUGUAUCACAAUCCAGUAUGUGACUAAUAUCAUCAUUCAUGGCCUCCACAUCCAUGACUGCAAGCAAGGAGGGAAUACAUACGUGAGAGACUCACCUAGCCAUUAUGGUUGGAGGACCAUAUCAGAUGGUGAUGGGGUGUCCAUCUUUGGGGGAAGCCAUAUAUGGGUGGACCAUUGCUCUCUCUCCAAUUGCAAUGAUGGACUCAUCGAUGCCAUUCAUGGUUCUACUGCCAUCACCAUCUCCAACAACUAUAUGACCCACCAUGACAAGGUUAUGCUUCUGGGUCAUAGUGAUGCUUACACUCAGGACAAGAAUAUGCAGGUCACCAUUGCUUUUAAUCACUUUGGAGAAGGCCUUGUUCAAAGGAUGCCCAGAUGCAGACAUGGAUACUUCCAUGUAGUGAACAAUGAUUAUACUCACUGGGAAAUGUAUGCCAUUGGAGGGAGUGCUGCACCCACCAUUAACAGCCAAGGCAAUAGAUUUCUGGCCCCAGAUUACAGAUACAGCAAAGAGGUGACUAAACAUGAGGAUGCACCACAAAGUGAUUGGAAGAACUGGAAUUGGAGAUCAGAAGGAGAUUUGAUGUUGAAUGGAGCUUUCUUCACGCCGUCUGGGGCGGGAGCUUCGUCGAGCUAUGCUAAAGCAUCGAGCUUAGGAGCUAAGCCAUCUUCGCUGGUGGGUACCAUUACCACCGCGGCGGGUGCACUGAGCUGCAAGAAGGGCUCACGUUGCUGAAUGCUCUGAUCCUCUCUCAUCCUUGUUUGGGUACUUGGGGCAGUUAGGUAUCUACCAUUAUCACUAUUGGAGAUUAGAUGCUGCAAGUCUGCUACAAAUAAUACUAUGUUUAACUACUACAUCUACCAUGGACAAUACACUGUGCUAGGGGGGAAGGGGUAAAUGAAGGCCUAACUCUUUAUCUUCUUUUUUGUUUUUUCUUUUUUUGGGGGAUUUUCCCUGAUGUAACUUUGGUUCAUGAUUACAACCUCAGCCUGUUUGAUCUAUAAGAAUCAUUUGGGGUUCCCUUGAGGAUCCAUCUACUGUAGACCAAACAAGUGCAGAAGUGUUGAUAGAUUGUAUUGGACUUUUUGGUGAUUGAUAUGAUAUAAAUCUCUCUCUCUCUCCCUCUCUCUUUUGCUAA